CGACUCGCAGGGAAAGUGGUCGGGACGGGAAACUCGUCGGUGUCGGGAGAGUCAAUGGAAAAGUCAUCGGCAGGCAACGCCAAUGGACAAGUGGAGUAUCUGGGCAAGUGAAAAGAUUCAGAUAUUAUGAAUUUUAAAUUGUUAUAGAUUUGAGAGUAAUUAUGUAUUUUCAGUAAAAUUUUCUAAGAACUCAAUUUUAUUUGUUUAUUUUUUAGCAUGGUCAAAUUGAAACAAUUACAAAACUAAGCCCGCCUCUCCUAGUCUCAAAUCCCUGGUAUUUAACUACGACUUUUCCCCCAUUGUCUUGUGACAACUUGGAUGACGCAUAUUUGCAUUUUUUUUUUUUAAUUUUCUGUAAAUUUUUAUAUGCUCUUGAAGACAUAUAUAUAUAUAUAGAUAUGCCCACACUCUCUUUCAAUUCAUAUCAAAACGCUAACAAUUCAUAUCUGAAUUCAAUCAUAUUCAACCCAUUCUAUUGCUAGAGAAUUGGCCAUGGCAAGUGUCAAGCUUAUAGGAGUUUCAGCAAGCCCAUUUGUGAACCGGGUUCAAAUCGCUUUGAACCUAAAAUCAAUCAAUUAUGAGUUCUUACAAGAGACAUUUGGUGCAAAAAGUGAGCUUCUUCUUAAAUCAAACCCGGUUCACAAGAAAGUUCCGGUUUUUAUCCACGAUGACAAGCUUAUAUGUGAGUCUCUCAAUAUUGUUCAAUACAUUAAUGAGUUAUGGACAUCUGGUCCUUCCAUCCUUCCUUCUGAUCCCUAUGAUCGUGCCAUUGCUCGAUUUUGGGGAGCCUACAUUGAUGAUAAGUGUUUUCCAUCAUUAAUGGAACUUCUAAAGGCAAAAGGAGAGGAAGAGAGAUUGGCAGCAGUAGACAAACUGGCAGCAAUGCUGGUGUUGUUAGAAGAGUACUUCAUCAACUGCAGCAGUACUACAGGAAAUGGUAAUUUCUUCGGUGGCGACAGCAUUGGGUACGUCGACAUAGCACUCGGGUGCUUCUUGGGUUGGUUCAAGGCGUCGGAGAAGUUGUUCGAUGUAAAGGUGCUAGACAUAGCCAAGACGCCGCGUCUGGUGGAGUGGGCCGAGAGGUUUUACUCAGAUGAUGCAGUGAAGAAUGUUAUUCCAGAGACUGAAAAGCUGAUGGAGUUUGCUAAAAGAAAUCUGAUGAAGUGAAAAAUGCGCAGUAGUCUAAUUGAAAUGCCUUGAGUUGGGUUGGGUUACUUGGGAAGUCCAUGAAGUGGGAAGUUUUCAUUGUGAACAUUUUUAAUAAUCUUGUUUUGUUUUUUUCCUUCUAUUACAAGUAAAAAUAAGUUUAGACGUGAAAAAUAUUUCGCGAAAAUUAUAUUUGAAACUGUGGCGGUUGAUUGGUCGACUGACCAAUACAAGUUAAGGUUGACCAUUUUGUUGGUAUGUAGCAUUAUUAUAUAAAUAAACUUGUGAUGUUGCUUUAA